AGGCUGAAUCGGCGUGGGGCGGUGGUGGUUGGCUGCUUGAGGACGGGUCCCUGGUCAUGCCUGUCAGAGAGGCUGGCUGCAGUGGUGGCUGCUCUACGGGCUGGGUUGUCAGUCAGUGAGAGGAGGGGGAAGAUGGCUCACCGGGACCCGUUCUGCUAGGAAGAAGGGGAGCAGGUGGUGCUGCUACACGGGAGGAAGCAGAGCAGCUGCCGUCGCUGUGGCUGCGAGCCUCAGGAGUCGAGGUCCUGCAGGUGGAGCUCCGGCAGCCGCUCUGGUUGAAGGUUUAGAACAGAUGUGGAAAAAUGUUUACUUCAGAGAAAGGGGUUGUGGAGGAAUGGUUGUCAGAGUUUAAGACAUUACCAGAAACAUCUUUACCAAAUUAUGCCACAAAUUUGAAAGACAAGAGUUCUUUAGUUUCAUCUCUCUAUAAAGUUAUCCAGGAGCCACAAAGUGAGUUGCUGGAACCUGUCUGUCACCAGCUCUUUGAAUUCUAUCGCAGUGGAGAGGAGCAGUUGCUUCAAUUUACGCUGCAGUUUCUCCCAGAACUAAUUUGGUGCUACCUUGCAGUCUCAGCCAGCAGAAAUGUGCAUAGCAGUGGAUGCAUUGAAGCUCUUCUUCUAGGGGUUUACAAUUUGGAAAUAGUUGACAAACAGGGACAUAGCAAAGUAUUGAGUUUUACGAUUCCAUCUUUAUCCAAACCAUCUGUAUAUCAUGAACCUUCCAGCAUUGGGUCCAUGGCUCUGACCGAGAGUGCACUAUCCCAGCAUGGUUUGUCAAAAGUGGUAUACAGUGGACCUCAUCCUCAAAGGGAGAUGCUGACAGCACAGAAUAGGUUUGAAGUGUUGACAUUCCUUUUGUUGUGUUACAAUGCUGCCUUAACCUAUAUGCCCAGUGUUUCUCUUCAGUCACUGUGUCAAAUUUGUUCUAGAAUCUGUGUUUGUGGAUAUCCUAGACAACAUGUAAGAAAAUACAAAGGUAUAAGUAGCAGGAUACCAGUUUCUUCAGGAUUCAUGGUGCAAAUGUUAACAGGGAUUUAUUUUGCCUUUUAUAAUGGAGAAUGGGAUCUUGCUCAAAAAGCACUGGAUGAUAUUAUAUACAGAGCCCAGCUAGAAUUAUAUCCAGAGCCAUUGCUGGUUGCUAAUGCAAUAAAGGCUUCAUUGCCUCAUGGUCCCAUGAAAUCUAAUAAGGAAGGUACAAGGUGUAUUCAAGUUGAAAUCACACCAACUUCCUCUAGAAUAUCAAGAAAUGCAGUAACCAGCAUGUCAAUAAGGGGUCAUAGGUGGAAAAGACAUGGAAAUACAGAAUUAACAGGUCAAGAAGAACUGAUGGAGAUACCUGAAGUUGACGAGGGAUUUUAUUCCAGGGCUGCGUCUAGUACCAGCCAGUCAGGUUUAUCAAACAGUAGUCACAAUUGUAGUAACAAGACAAGUAUAGGAAAGAACCAGAGACGGUCAGGAGGAAGCAAAACUGGAGGAAAAGAAAAAGAAACUACAGGGGAAUCUUGCAAAGAUCACUUUGCUCGAAAACAAACUCAGAGAGCCCAAAGUGAGAAUCUUGAGCUUCUCUCUUUGAAGAGACUUACUUUAACAACCAGCCAAUCCCUACCUAAGCCUAGUAGCCAUGGUUUGGCUAAAACCGCAGCGACUGUAUUUAGUAAAUCCUUUGAACAAGUCAGUGGUGUCACAGUCCCACAUAACCUGUCAUCUGCUGCUGGUUGUGGGGCUGGGACAGAUGCCAAUAGGUUUUCAGCUUGUAGUCUUCAAGAAGAAAAGCUUAUUUACGUUUCAGAAAGAACUGAACUUCCAAUGAAGCAUCAAUCAGGUCAGCAGAGACCUCCUAGUAUUAGCAUUACUCUGUCCACAGAUUAAUUAGUAACGUAUUUUUCUCCCAUAACGCAGUGAACCUAGAAAUACAACUUUGCUUCUUUAUGAAAGUACCCUGGGUCUUUCAUCCGUGUUCCUGACAGGAGCCCUGAUGUCUUAAAUUCUGAAGGCUCCCCUGACUUUAUGAAGGGAAGAUUGUCUAGGUUGCAGUAAGUUGAAAUAUGGUUUUUUUAUUUCUUGGUUAAGAUUUUUUCCUCUUGGCUUGAGUCUUUUUUUUUCCCCUUCUUAUUUGUUACUGUUGCCCUAAGAUUAUCAGUGAUAAUAAAUUUUGACAGUUGUCUGAUCAAGUUGGUUAUGUCUCAUGUGAGGUUAUGAGGUAGUUUUUCUUGUUUUGGUUUGAGUUUUUAAUAGCUCCUAUUUUGGUGACUGUGCGUUUGACCUUCAGAGUCAAAGGGAGUCUCCAUGUAUGGGAACUGUUUUAUAGAGGAUGGGGCAGAGGCACAACUCCAGGAAUUCUCCAGCUCCUGGUCAGGAAGCCAAUCUGAAAAACAGGCGUGUGGAAACACAAAAAUGAUGUGUAUGAAAAGCACCUGAUGAAAAUAUUUGUAAGCAGAUCAUCUUUAUGAUUAGAACAAUUUGCUCAAAGCACUGGAAAAUGCCUGGUAACCCACCACCUAGAAUAUUAUAUGAUUCCAGGGGAUGGGUAGAGGCAUUUCUGUUGUUAUCUCUGAAACAUUUUUAUAUCGGAAAUCAGAUUGCUAGUAGGUGUGUUGUUUUGAAGUGUUUAAUCUGGAUUUAGCAGGUGAAGAUCCCUUUCGAUUAUUAAGGUAUAAUAGGCCAUAAAGCUGAUUUACCCUACUGCUGGACUUUGGAAAUCCUAGUUAGUUUGGACUCCUAUAAUUCAGAGCAUACGUCAUUGGAAGACUUCCUGGAAAUCAGUGUAAAUCUUGCAACACAGCUCUCAAGAUACCACUGUGUAAUAUGGAAUUGUUUGUAUGCAAAUGCAUUUUUCAUCUAUAAAAUCUCAUGAAAGAAAAUAAAGAUAGUAAAAUAUGGACAAAGGACAUUUAUAUAGUAACUAAUUUAGAGUUGUUUAUGUUUGUGUUCUUAAAUUUAAACUACGAAAAAAAAGAAAUGUCUUUCUUGUUUGUGAACAGACCUAUUUAAAAUAUCUUAGUAUGAUAUCAAAAGAAUAAUCAAUUUGCCUUCCAACUAAAAAUUAAAAAUAAAAAAGAUGAUAUGGCAGAAGUUGAAACAAACUUGUAUGUAUCUGUAUGUGACCUCUAGAUGGAAAUAAAAGUUUGGUGUUUGCUAGCGGUGGUCCUUUUGGCUAUCGUUGCAGUUCCCUUGUAAAGUAAGUGUACUUAAGUCAUCAUUCAGAGAGAGAGAGAGAGCAGGGCUGAGGCUGAGUCAGUUGACUGUUGAGGAAGUCCUAAGGAGCUGUCCGGUUGGCUCUUUCACUGUGAGUACACAGCGGUUUCCUUCUUCCUAGUCCCUCUCUGUGGUCACCAAGAGAGCAUGCUAGUGUUUUCCUCUUGUACCUGCUUAUGCAGAGCUCAGAUAUAUGAAAAAUUUGUAUGCUUUGAAGGCCGCCAAAGCAUUUAUACUCUGAACAUAGUUUUGACUGCAACUGCUUUGGCUACCAGUUUAAACCGAAUUCUUCAAAAAGCAUGCACUCGUUUUCAUUCAUUAGCCCCGAUUACAGUGUGGUUUUUGACAUAAAUUAAUUUGAUUUUUUUUUUUUUUUUUUUUUUUUUAGCUCCAGUAACAGAAUGGAAUAAGAUCUAUUGCCAUAAAUUUUAGUUAAGAACUGUAAGGCAAUGAGGCAGUGAAACUUGGUAUUGUAUUAACUUAAUAGGAACCCUGUGUACAAUUUAAAAUAUUUGUAAAAUGUCACUGUGAAUUUA